CGCUUCCUGUGUCGUCAUCGGAAGUGCCGCAGAGGCUGUCAACAUGCAAGAUGGCGGCUCAUCAUCGGCAGAACACGGCGGCGCGAAGAAAAGUCCAGGUAUCAUAUGUCAUUCGAGAUGAAGUAGAGAAAUAUAAUCGUAAUGGAGUUAAUGCGCUUCAACUAGAUCCCACGUUAAAUCGACUGUUCACAGCAGGCCGUGAUUCAAUUAUUAGGAUAUGGAGUGUCAACCAACACAAGCAAGAUCCUUAUAUUGCCUCUAUGGAGCACCACACUGACUGGGUAAAUGAUGUUGUAUUAUGCUGCAAUGGAAAGACAUUAAUAUCAGCUUCAUCUGACACUACAGUGAAAGUGUGGAAUGCUCAUAAAGGAUUUUGUAUGUCUACGUUACGAACUCACAAGGAUUAUGUGAAGGCAUUGGCGUAUGCGAAAGAUAAAGAGCUGGUGGCUUCGGCAGGGUUGGACAGGCAAAUAUUUCUCUGGGAUGUAAAUACUCUUACAGCAUUGACUGCCUCAAACAACACAGUCACAACAUCAUCGCUGAGUGGGAACAAAGACUCCAUUUAUAGCCUUGCAAUGAAUCAGAUGGGAACAGUGAUCGUUUCUGGAUCAACUGAAAAGGUUCUGAGAGUUUGGGAUCCCAGGACAUGUGCAAAGCUGAUGAAACUUAAAGGCCACACUGAUAAUGUGAAAGCUUUACUAUUGAACAGAGACGGCACACAGUGCUUGUCUGGUAGUUCUGAUGGAACUAUCCGCCUGUGGUCUUUGGGACAACAGAGAUGUAUUGCAACAUAUCGGGUUCACGACGAAGGAGUUUGGGCGUUGCAGGUCAAUGAGGCCUUUACACAUGUCUACUCUGGAGGACGAGACAGAAAAAUCUAUUGCACAGAUCUCCGGAAUCCAGAUAUUAGAGUUCUGAUUUGUGAGGAAAAAGCACCAGUUCUGAAGAUGGAGCUGGACAGAUCAGCUGACCCUGCCCCGGCUAUAUGGGUAUCCACCACAAAAUCAUCUGUGAAUAAAUGGUCCAUGAAGGGUAUUCACAAUUUCAGGGCCUCUGGAGAUUAUGACAAUGACUGCAGUGCCCCCUUAAUUCCACUCUGCACACAGCCAGAACAAGUAAUCAAAGGGGGUGCUAGUAUCAUCCAGUGCCAUAUACUGAAUGAUAAGAGACAUAUUGUCACCAAAGAUACCAACAACACUGUGGCAUUCUGGGAUGUGUUGAAGGCUUGCAAAGUGGAAGACCUUGGGAAAGUAGAAUUUGAAGAAGAAAUCAAGAAAAGGUUUAAGAUGGUUUAUGUGCCAAACUGGUUCUCAGUGGACUUAAAAACAGGGAUGUUGACAAUUACUUUAGACGAGAGUGACUGUUUUGCUGCCUGGGUGUCAGCAAAGGAUGCUGGAUUUAGCAGUCCAGAUGGAUCCGACCCAAAGCUGAACCUUGGAGGACUGUUGCUUCAGGCUUUGUUGGAGUAUUGGCCAAGAACACACAUUAUUCCUAUGGAUGAAGAGGAAAAUGAAAUGAAUAUAGUUAAUGGUGAGCAAGAGAGCAGAAUUCAGAAAGGAAAUGGAUAUUUCCAAGUGCCACCGCACACUCCGGUCAUAUUUGGUGAAGCAGGAGGUCGCACACUCUUCAGGCUUUUGUGCCGAGAUGCAGGAGGUGAAACAGAAUCCAUGCUCCUGAAUGAAACCGUGCCUCAGUGGGUUAUCGACAUCACCGUGGACAAGAACAUGCCGAAAUUCAAUAAAAUCCCAUUCUACCUCCAGCCUCAUUCUUCUUCGGGAGCAAAAACACUUAAGAAGGAUCGUUUAUCGGCCAGUGAUAUGCUACAGGUUCGAAAAGUGAUGGAGCAUGUUUAUGAGAAGAUCAUCAACCUGGAUAAUGAGUCACAAACAACAAGCUCUUCAAACAAUGAGAAACCCGGAGAACAGGACAAGGAAGAAGAUAUUGCAGUGCUAGCCGAGGAGAAGAUUGAACUUCUUUGUCAAGAUCAGGUGCUUGAUCCAAACAUGGAUCUGCGGACAGUGAAGCAUUUCAUCUGGAAAAGUGGAGGGGACCUGACGCUUCACUAUCGGCAGAAGUCAACGUGAUGUCCUCUUGAAGAAGGAAAAGGGCUUGACUCGUAGAAGCCAAUAGUUUCAUUCUGAACUUUCCCUCUGCACCUAAUUUCCUUUCCUGUACUGGGUGGGAAGAGUAGUAUCAGUGCUCCUUGCACCGCUCUCCACAUUAGACCCAGCUUGUUGAAUUAUCCUGUCUGGGGAAAAGGCGCCAAGUUAUUUGUGCGUUUCCAAUGUUAUAUAAUUUAGAAAGGAUGCAGAAUGUAAAUUAAAGCAACUCCUAGUGCACUGUCUUAAUGAGCAGGCCACAGAUUUCUGAUAGAUUUAUAGUGUGGUGGUUAAUACACUGUACAGGGUAAAAUACAUAGAUAAAUGCUCCAGAUAAUGAACAUAACCACCUCAUCCAGUAGGUGUCCUUUUAUUUGUUCCUAACACAUUGUUGCCCUCUCAGAUAUGUCUGCCUUGGCACCACACACUAGUCACCUUUCUAGAUCUGAUGUUAUUUGUCACUGUAAAUUAUAUUUCCAUACAUUCCAGGCAUUUUUUUCAAUGGCAUCCAAUUUUCGACCGUCCUGAUGGCUCCUUUAUGAGGUACGGAGGCUGAAUGAAAUCAAAAGGGAACAUGCAAAGAGCAGAUUCAUUGCUUGUGUUGGAACCAAGCUGUAAGCUCAAUUUAAAUUCUCCCACAAGAUUGACUGUUCUCAAUAUUUAUUUGGUUUAUUUAGCGGUGCUGCAGUAUCAGAGCUAAUCCAGCAGAGAUGAGAUCUUGUAGAUACUUUUUCCAAAGAACAAAGUACAAGGUAGCAGGGCUAGUGGGGACUAUUUUGAGGUUGCGCGGUCAAGUUCCAUGUUAGAACUAUCAUCAGUGGGUGUGGAUUCAUGGAAAGGUUCUGAGUCCAGGCUAACCAAGCGGAAUACAAUAACAAAGUGAUUUGUUUUCCUUUAGAAAGAAAUCCAGUAGUCUGAAGGACCACCGAUAUCCAGAUCCUACCUUGGGAGGAGUUUGAUGUAAAUACUGUACUUUUUUAUUCAGCUAAAUGACAACUUUUUAAAACUUUUUUUUUAAAAAGAAGGAAAGCUUUUGAGACUUUGUAGCUGAUUGCAAUUUUUUUUUGGAUUUUAGAAAUCCAGAGUUGAAACAUUAAGACAUAAAUAAAGUAAUAUUUAAACCAAUGUAGUGCUUUCAAUCUCAUACUGUAGAUACACAAAACAGACAGGACACCCUUGAAUGCAAACUCCAGUUCAGAUUUCCAAAUGUAAACUUCAGCUGUUGGGUGCAACUAAUAAAUCUAAAUAAUGUAAAAGCAGAGGACAAUUAAGUUCAUCAUGCCAAGGCAAGUUAUUGCCUAUUUUUUUUUAAAAGCAUUGAUCCAUUUUAUGUCCAUUGGAUUUUGCUGUUGUCUCCCUCUACCAAUUGAUCUGUGUACACCAGCUCAUUUCUGUAUUGACAU